UCACCGACCUACGCAUCGACGAGCCACUUGAUGAUUGGACAAGCUGGCUAGAAGGGCGCAUACAAGCCACGGGAGACCUCAUUAACGUGGCACAAGGUUACAUGAACGAUUUCUACCAAAUUCUGCCUAACCGUCUGGUAGCGUACCGCAUAUUCUGGGCGUACCUGGUAGGGAGAUUGAUCUACAAUACCGUUGCUUUGUUUCGUUAUGUUGGAACGGACGAAGUUUUCUACGAUACUAGGCCGGGUCGCGGACACCGAUUCGUAUCUGCGCAAGGGAGAACUCUUUGGAGCUAUCUGUUUCCUAGCAAUGCACGAGACCUGCCUAUCAACGCAGGCGCGUACCUCGCGCUUCUGAACUACCACUCGCCCUUGCCCUUCGGUAUCUUUUCUGAGGAUCUUUUCUCGAGGUCGUACAUAGUGUCCGUUGUCCCCAAACCACUUCUUUUCCACCCGUUCCACGUCCGUGGUGCUAGCCACGCUUCUCGCCAAUGCUAUCGCCUUGUGAAGGGCCAGAUUGGUGACUUCGUGCUCUUUCCAAGAGCCUCUGCGCGGGCCAUAACCGUAUUUGAGAUGCGCAACAGCGUCGUCCGGGCAUACAAGCGGCUGCUUGCUGUGCCGCGAGGGUGGUUUCGAGCUUAGCCACUGAACCUUUGAGCAUUUCGUGGUCUUUGCUGAGCAUUUCGUUGUCUUUGCUCAGGGACUCGAAGGUUACACGCAGAGCUGCCAGUUCGGUUUCCAAAGCUUCGCAGGCUCUC